AUGAAGACAAUUAGUUUGAAAACCUUCCGGAAAUCUUUCAACCUGAGUAAAAGCAAAGACAAAACCGAGUUCAUGGUGGUUCAGCCCCAGUCCGUCGCUGGUGACUUUGUGAAAGAUGACUCCUUAUUCGGGAGCUGCUAUGGCAAGGACAUGGCCAGCUGUGACAUUGGCAGUGAGGAGGAGAAAGGGAAGAACAGGUCCCAAAGCGAAAGCCUGAUGGGCACCUUGAAGAGGCGACUGUCCCCCAAGCAGAAGGGCAAGGGCAAGGGCGGGACUGCACCCACAGACAAGGACACCUUCUCCUCGGCUUCAGCGCCCGGGGGCCUCAAGGACGUGCGUGCCCCACGGCCCAUCUGUUCUACAUCACUGCGCAGCCACCACUACAGUCCCACACCCUGGCCGCUGAGGCCCACCAGCUCGGAGAAGACAUGCAUCAAGAUGGAGAUGCGGGUGAAGGCCCUGGUGCAUGCUGCCAGCCCAGGCCCUGUCAAUGGUGUGCGCAAGGAGCUGCGGGAGCUGCAACCCAAGGAGCUGCGGGACCUGCAGCCCAGGGAGCUAAGGGACCUGCAGCCAGAGCCACGCCCUGAGUCCCGCUGCAGCCCUGGUUCGCCCGGGGACCUGCGCCUCCAUCUGGAGGAACACGUGCCUGUAGUUACCGGACUCAUGUCUCAGGACUACCUUCAGUACACCGUGUCUUUAGAAGACGGGAUGUGCCCUCUAGAAAGGCCGCGCAACUGCUGCCUGGACACGUCCUCGCCUAUGGAGGUGUCGGCCGUGCUGCCAGGGGCCAGCGCCUUCUCUGAAGACGACAGUCAGGUGGACCAGGACCUGGUUGUAGCCCCAGAGAUCCUUGUGGAUUCUUCAGUGAACAGCGUGUUGAUUGGCACCACAGGAGUCAUGUUGCAGAACCCUAGAGCAGGUCAUGACGAUGCCCCUCCCCUCUCACCAGUGCUACCUCCAAUGCAGAAUAACCCAAUCCAAAGGAACUUCAGCGGCCUCUCAGGCCCGGACAUGCACAUGGCCGAAAGCGUAAGCUGUCAUUUGAAUUUCGAUCCCAACUCUGCACCGGGGGUUUCAAGAGUUUAUGACUCCGUGGAGAGCAGUGGGCCCAUGGUUGUGACAAGUCUUACGGAGGAGCUGAAGAAGCUUGCAAAACAGGGGUGGUAUUGGGGUCCUAUCACACGCUGGGAGGCAGAGGGGAGGCUGGCAAACGUGCCCGAUGAUUCUUUUCUUGUUCGGGAUGGUUCCGAUGACCGUUACCUUUUAAGCCUGAGCUUUCGUUCCCAUGGUAAAACACUUCACAUAGAAUAUACAUCUAUAGCUGACUUAAUUGAGCAUUCAAUCAGGGACUCUGAAAACGGAGCAUUUUGUUAUUCAUGGUCGCGGUUGCCUGGAUCUGCGACUUACUGGGUCAGACUGACAAACCCAGUGUCCCGGUUCAUGCAGGUGUGCUCCCUGCAGUACCUGUGCCGCUUCGUCAUACGUCAGUACACCAGAAUAAGCCUGAUUCAGAAACUGCCUCUGCCAAACAAGAUGAAGGAUUAUUUGCAGGAGAAGCACUACUGGGAGAUUAUGAUCCCUGCUUCUUGCACUUUGGGGUUCAGAAACAAGACUGGAGUACAGUUUACAGACUUACAUCGCCAUUGA